CACCUUGUUAAAGCUGGAACUCAAAAGUGCCAAUGGGACCCCCCUGAAGAACAAGAAGGUGAUUCUCACAGUGUCCUAUGGUAACAGGAAGCAGACCAGGACCUACUUCACAGAUGACAGUGGGAUGUCCUCUUUCACCCUGGAGACUUCAGCAUGGGACAACAGCAGUAAAGUUUUUCUACAGGCAAAGACCCAUCCUGAGGACUUGAGUGGUCGAAAUUUGAGGGUGUCUUAUGGUACUGCAUCCAUCACACUGAAGGCUUUCUACUCCUCCAGCCACAGUUCUGUGAAGAUCCAACCAGUGCAGGCAAUGCUGCCCUGUGGGGAUGUGCAGCAGGUCACUGUGCAUUAUCGCAUCCUGGCCACAGAGCUGGGGGAUGGGGCUGCCAAAGCAGAGUUCUAUCACCUGGUUUUGGCCAGAGGAUCCCUUGUACAUCAUGGCCAAACAACUGUACUUCUUGAUCUGUCAUUGGAUCAGUAUAGUGGGGCUUUCAAUGUCACUCUGCCCAUUGACAUAAUUUCACCCAUGGCUGCCCUCUUUGUUUACACUGCCUUCCCUGCGGGUCAAGUGGCAGCUGACAGCUUCAGUCUGAAAGUCUCCAAGUGCUUCAGGAACCAUGUGAAGCUUGGCUUCUCAGACACAGUGGCUCUCCCAGGAUCAGCUGUCCAUCUCCAUUUACAGGCUGCACCAGGCUCCCUAUGUAGCAUCCGUGCUGUAGACCACAGCGUCCUUCUCCUGAGGCCAGCAGCUGAGCUAUCCAGGGCUAGUGUGUACAGUAUGUUCAGCUAUCCUCAAGAGUACCCCAGUGUCAUCACAGACUCUUACAGUGACUACUGUACCAUCCACAAGAGUCCGGGAACCAUCAAUUCCCCUCAGACUACUCUUCCAUCAGGAACAAUGUCACCUUUCAUGUACAACAGCUAUUCUUACGCAGUUUCCCAACCAGACAUUUAUGAACUUCUGAGGAAUUCAGGUCUAACAUUUUUAACCAGUCUUAAAAUCAAGUCUCCGAUUGAGUGCCGCACCCAGACCACUUUCUACUACGACUACAUGUCUUAUGACGAGCUGGCAAACUCAGACCACUUGGAUACACAGACAGAUGCUGCUAUUGAAGGUGCUGAGUCAGAGCAUGUUGAGCUGGGCAGCAAGGCAGGACCAGUACAUACCUGGUUUCCAGAGACAUUCAUCUGGAGUCUGGUCGCCAUCAAUGAUUCAGGGUCUGCAGAGCUACCUGUCACAGUACCCGACACUAUCACAGACUGGAAGGCCAUGACUUUCUGCACCUCAGAGAGCCAUGGGUUGGGAAUCUCAGAGACCAUCAGCCUGCGGAGCUUCAAGCCCUUCUUUGUGGAACUCACCUUGCCCUACUCUGUCUUCCGGGGAGAGUCAUUUCCCCUCACAACCAAACUCUUCAGCUACCUGAAGCAGUGCAUGGUGCUCCAACUUAGCCUAAUGGACUCUGGGGAUUUUGAAUUUGUGCACACAAAUGUGAGGUUCACUGUUUGUCUGUGCCCUGAUUCAGCAAAAGCAUUUUUCUGGGAUGUGAAGGCAACAAAACUAGGGGAGGUGAAUUUCACUGUCACUGCUGAGGUGAUUGAGCAGGAAGAUGUUUGCACUGAGAGUACAGCUUUUGUGCCAGAGACUGGAGGGAAGGACACAGUGGUUAAACAUCUGCUGGUGAAGGCAGAAGGGCUGUUGGAAGAAAAGACGCACACAUCCCUUCUGUGCCCGAAAGGAACUUCUGUUUCAGAGACAAUCACCUUCACUAUACCAGAGAACACAGUCCUUGGGUCAGUGAGAGCCCACAUCUCUUUCUUAGGAGACAUUUUGGGAACAGCACUGGACAACAUAGAUGAGCUCCUCCAAAUGUCCAGUGGCUGUGGAGAGCAGAACAUGGUUCAUUUUGCUCCCAAUGUCUUCAUCACACGAUACCUUGAAGAGACAGGACAACUGACUCCAGAAAUCAAACAGAAAGCAAUUGGCUAUCUAGAAAGUGGAUAUCAGCAGCAACUCUUAUAUAAGCACACAGAUGGCUCAUACAGUGCCUUUGGGGAAGGAAGUGAGCCAGGGAACACAUGGCUGACUGCUUUUGUCCUCAAGACCUUCAGCCAAGCCCAGGACUUCAUCCACAUAGAUGAGCAAAAUAUAAAGGAUGCUGCCAGUGCCCUGAUAAAAAGUCAGACUCCUUCUGGCUGCUUCAAGAGUGUGGGGAAGCUCUUCAACAAUGGCCUAAUGGGUGCAGUGGAGGAAGGACUGGGGCUGAGCUCUGCAAUCAUCACAGCUCUCAUACACUCAGGGAUGCCACGCUCUGACCCAGUUUUGCGGAAAGCUCUUAAAUGUAUAAAGGACUUGGUCAAUGCGGAUACUGGCAGUUCCAACCUCUACAGCCUGGCACUAGCUGCAAAUGCCUUUGCAGUAGCAGGUGAUAAGGCACUGAUGCAGAAAAUCCUCAAAAGAUUGGAUAAGGCAGCCAUAAAAUCAGAUCACCAAAUGUUCUGGAGUCAGCAGUCCAAAAAGGAAGGGGAGUCCCUAUACUGGUAUCGGGCGCCAUCUGUUGAUGUGGAAUUGACAUCUAGUAUCCUCAUGGCUCACCUUUCGAAGUCACGUUUGUCUUCAGAUGACAUCAGAAAAGCAUCCCAGAUUGUGUCUUGGGUCACCAAGCAGCAGAACCCCUAUGGAGGCUUUGCUUCAACUCAGGACACGGUGGUUGCCCUAGAAGCCCUAGCCCUGUAUGCAACCAAGACCUUUAGCAAGGAGGGCCCUGAUCUUCAAGCUUCUCUCUCCUCUGAGGGCUUCAGCCAAAAAAUCCAGGUAGACAACACCAAUCGGCUCCUGCUACAGACAGUGGAGCUGGCAGCCAUUCCCAGAGAGUACAAUGUGCGUGUGCAGGGCCAUGGGUGCCUCUUCCUGCAGGCCAUUCUGAGGUACCACAUCCCUCCACAGAGAAGCGACUUCACCUUUGCCGUGUCUGUGCAGACAGAGUGUACCUUGCCCAAUGCCACCCAGUUUCCUGUCACUGUCCGUGCUCGGUAGGAGACACUCAACUGUCCUUUUCUUCCCCUGUGCUGAGAGGCUUCUGGCUUGCACCAGCCUCUAGAUGGCCAGGAUUCCCCUUCCCUCAUGAGGUCUGAGUGCUAAGAUUUUCUUGUUCUUUUAACUAUGCUCUCCUCAGCUGGAUGGGAAGUACUAGGCCCUGGAGGGAUGAUUUAGGCUGUAGUCCUUUCUCUUCAUUGCAUCAGUCAUCACAAUUUCUCCCAAGGCCAGUGGGUUUUACCCCCUUACACAAUGAGGCCUCAAAACACUAGUGUUGUGAAGGUCUUGUGGGGCUGACUGCAGACCUCAUUCCAAAGUCUUCCCUUCUGUGCGCCUGGCUGGUUGUCACACCAUCCUCCUCUGCUUGACCUCUGCCUGAUUUGGGCCAGAACUGCCAAAAUAACAGGAAGAGGAUAUGAUAUUCCCAGCCCUGCCUAGAGAAGGAAACUCCAGAAACCUUCCAAGGAAUUUGUUCUCCUUGGCUCAGCACAGUUGAGAGAGAUCAAAGGAAACAUAAGAAUUUAUUACAGUACAGAAACAAGUAAGCUUACAGGAGGAGCACUGGAAGGAAAGGCAGAUCCCUCCACCUGAGUGGCAAAGAUGGGCUGGAGUGUCUGUGGAGAUCAUGGCUCCGAAAGUAAUAUUAGUUCUGUUCCCUGGGUUCCUGCUGUAGCUAUACAGGAAACCGUGUGUCCACCAACAUGGUCCUGAUCCAAGUGGAGCUGCUGUCUGGAUACAGCCCCAUGGCAGGUUCACUGGAAGAGCUAAAGAAAAUGCCUUUAGUGAAGAAAGUUGAAAGCGAAGCUGA